AUGGAUGGUACAAACUACAAACAAUGGAAAACAAAUCUGGAUAUUGUUCUUCAAUAUGAAAAGCUCAAUUUUGUUCUGACCACCCCUAUACCGGCGCAGCCUGCUGAAGAUGCGCCUGAGGUAAACAUGGUUGAGAGUGGAGCAGCUAUGCUCCAGACUCUUGAUGGCAUGUUUGCUACAUCUAGCAGCUCUGCUAGGCAGAUUGCGCUGAAUGCUGUCACUAAGACAGUAAUGUCUGGAGGAAGUGUGCGGGAUCAUUGUUUGUCAAUGAUUGCAAACUUCAAGAAGGCUGAGGAUCAUGGGGUCAAGUUUGAACAAGAAGUAAAAGUUGACCUUCUCUUGCAAUCAUUGCCUGAAUAA